AUGGCGCAGAAUAACAAUAAUUCCACCGUCCUUCUCGAGAAGAAGCGUAGUCUCUCUCCUGCAUCAAGCGAGGAAGUCCGAGUCGUUGGUAUCGCUGAGUACGAGCAGGCCGCAAAGUCUCUCGCUGAAGCUUUUGCUGUCGAUGAAGUGGCUAGGUACUUCAUUGAUACCCCGGACAUGAAUGCUUACUCAGAAGAGUUCAAGUACAAUUUGCAUUGUGAUAUCUUGCGCUACAUCACUGCAGCUCAUUGCUACAAAGGCAUCGUGACGACCAUUGGGCCAGACUACGACGCUGUUGCGCUCUGGAUGCCGCCAGGAAAUAACAUGGAUGACCUCUGGACCAUCCUCCGAUCCGGCAUGUGGCGCCUCUGGUACAAACUCUCCUCCGAAGGUAAGAAGCGAUUCUACGAUGAGUUCCUCCCGCUGCUCCACGACACCAAGCACGCCGUCAUGGGUGACCGCGACGACGACUCCUACUACCUCGUCUACCUAGGCUCUAAGCCAAGCGCCCGGGGGAAGGGAUACGCGAGGAAGUUGAUCGAGCAUAUGACGGUCAUCGCCGACGGUGAGAACCGCGCCACUUACCUGGAGUCCUCCGCUGCGAGCAACCUGCCUUACUACCGCAGAUACGGGUUCGUGCAUCAUUCGGAUAUCGAGCUCAAGCGUGGCCCUGAGCCUAUCAAGUUGCACAUUAUGGUUCGGGAGCCGAGGGGCAGUAUGGUGGAUGGAAUGAAGGAUUGA